AUGGAAAAUAUUACAGUCACCCUUUUUCUGAGCGAUGCCUGGCAGGCCCAAGGUUUCGAAGAUAAAAAGUCCCAGAAGUGGGAUGAAAUGAACAUCCUGGCAACAUAUCAUCCAGCAGACAAAGACUAUGGUUUAAUGAAAAUAGAUGAACCUAGCACUCCUUACCAUAGUAUGAUUGGUGAUGAUGAUGAUGUUUUGAGUGAGUCAGAAACCACUGAAGCCAUGACCCCCGAUAUCUUAGCUAAGAAAUUAACUGCUGCUGAAGGCUUUGACCCAAAAUAUCGGCUUCAGGACCAAGAAAGCAGUGAGGAGGAGGAGGAUUAUGACCUGUCACCUGAAGAACAAGAAAAGAAGCGACAGUUUGAAAUGAAAAGGAAGCUCCACUACAACGAAGGACUGAAUAUUAAAUUAGCUAGACAAUUAAUUUCAAAAGACCUGCAUGAUGACGAGGAGGAUGACUCUGAAGAAAUGCUAGAGGGUGCAGAUGGAGAAAAGAUGAAUACAGAAGAAUCAAAUCAAGGAUUUACUAUGAGUGACCAGCUGCAACACAAAUCAUAGUUCUUAGAAGAGAUUUGUUCAACGUUGCAAUUGUCAAAUAUAAACCUGUUACUAUAAUACACUUCUUGUUCUCUACAAUUCAUUAUUUCAGUGCUGAAAUACAUACCAAUUAUAAUAUAUUGCCAAGAAUUAAAUGGUAACCAUAGAGACUGAUUAGCCUGAAAAUACCUAAUUGAUAUGUAUAUUAUUGUGCCUAGUACUUCACCACAAACAUGGUGUAAUAUCAUUAGUCCAAAACCACAUUACUUUUAUAAGAACAAUGGUUCAUUUGUAUAAGAUAAUAUAGCUUUUUAUGCGUUAGAGGUUAAACUAUCUUUUUUGAGGGGUGGGAGCCUAAUUUAUUUUGUUCUAGACAUAGUUACUACUAUUAAAAAGUGUUUGUGGUUUUGGUUUUAUAGUCAAAAAUUAAUUGGAACAGCAGGUUGGUAAGUAUUCAGGCUAAAAAAUAUCAACAUUCUUCAAUUAAACAAGCUUUGUUUAAUUGAAAAGACUUAAGAGUUACUGUCUGCUUUUCUUGACUUAAUACUUUUUAAAUUCUUGGGUUUCUUUGAAAAAGGUUCAACUUUUUCUCAUCAAAACUAGCUUUUCCCCACAAUUAAAUUAUUGGGUUAAACUUACACUAAAAUCUGCUCUGUUUAAAAAAAAAAAAAAAUCUGCUGUUUUUUGGUACAUUAGAUGGGCAGGUUUCAGAUCCUUUUUAAAAAAUAGAUAAUCUAAAUCACUAUCUUACUAAUCAUUUUAAUAUAGCUGCCUUUCCCUCCUUCCUAUGUUUCCAUUUCUUUUCCACACAAAACACAAUCCUUUACCUUCAUAAAGUAUCUAAGGGUUACCAAUACAUUAGGAACGAUUAGAAAUGCUCCCUUCUCUCACGGCGUCUCUCAUUUGCUACAUCCGUGAAAUUCUUGUUUUGAUCAUAAAUGCCUACUAACUCUUUUAAUAUGUGGAGAAAAUAGACUAAGUAGCAGCAGUACUAGACACAGAAAAUACAGUUCAACCGUUGUCUCUACCACCCUGUUGUACAGCUUGCUAGUUUAAUUGCUAUUACUGGUUUAUUGUUUGACCUAAUUAGAUCUUUGAAAAUGGCUGAGAUUUUGCAUGAUAAAUUUUGUGCAACGAUUGGUAUGAUUGUAGUUUCUGAAUGUACACAGAAGUAAGCCUGAAAUAAAAAAGAACAAAAAAAAAAAAGAAGUAAGCCUGAACAUGUUUUAAUAAAAAAAGACUUUGGUCCCUACCUUGAGGAAAUAUGAUAAUAUAUACUAUAACAAAUGAACUUUAUUCUUCUAACACAUUAAGAAUGAUUUGAUUUUUUUCAUGCAGUGAAGUGCAGCUCCUGUGUAUCUUGGUUUAGUAAUCAUUUUAUUUCUUGUCAAUUAUCUGUAUCUUAAUUUUUAUUUGUACCCAAAGAAUCCAGUAUAUGAACAGACUUUUAAAAUAAUUUAUGUAUAUUAUAUAUAUGAAAUGACUUAUACUGAGCUUCCACUUGCAAGUUUAUGGAAAUAUCAGUAUGUCAAAAUAAAUAAAAUGUGAGAUUUUUUUUUUUGGUGUUAGAAGCAUGACUUUUUCUUUUUUUAAUGGAUUCAAAAGUAUUUCUGAACAAAGGUGCAAUACUCUUACUAAAACCCGUUAGCUAGUAAGCCACUGAUUUAUAAAUAAGACAAUUAGAAUGUUAAUGCUUUGAAGAAGAAGAUCUAGAGAUUAAACGUAUAUAUGCAUAUA